AUGAGCGAUCUUACUCCAUAUUUAUUUUGGGAAAAGCAAGAAGGUCAAUUAUGUGCACAGCAUUGCUUAAAUUCUCUUUUGCAAGGUGAAUUAUUUACGGCAGUAGAUUUAGGUGAAAUAGCACAAAAUUUAGAUCAUGCGGAACAAGCCGCUUUGCAAGAAGGUGCAUUACCUGGACAAGUACCAAAUGCUUCCGUAAAAAGUCAGAAUAUGGAUGAUUCGGGAUUUUUUUCCGUUCAAGUGUUAAGUGAAGCUCUCAAAGUUUGGAAUCUUGAAAUUAUUCCUAUUGGCUCAGAACAAUGUAAAGGUGUACGUGAUGAUCCAGCGUUUUGCCUACGAAAAUUUGGUGGGACACCGACACGAUGGUAUAAUCUAGAUUCCCUUUUACGUGGUCCAGAAUGGAUUAGUCAAACAUAUCUAGGGAUGUUGCUCAAUCAAUUAGAAAAUGAUGGGUAUAGUAUUUUUGUGGUAAGAGGAAGUUUACCAAUAUGUCAAGCUGACGAAUAUGCUAUCGAGCAUCCAGAACCUAAACCUGGGCGAACCCAAAAAACAUCAGACCAAACAUCACAGGAUGACAUUGACGCAGCUAUGAUCGAAGCAGCAAUUGCUGCAAGUUUGCAAACUAAUCCAUCAUCCUCAUCAUCCGUAUCAAAUAAUCAACAAGAUACAGAGAAGUCUAAUGAAAUUUCGAUUGAUGAAAUUCGAGCAAAGAGAUUGACACUAAAAAUAAUGUCAUCACCGUCGCUAAUUUCUAAUAAUACACCAGAAAUUGCUAACGAAAGUAAAAUUACUUAUCCCACCAACCUAUCAAGACGCAGUCGAAAGAAACAAGAACAACCAAAUCUCAACAAUAACAGCAACAUUAUCUGGAAACCACUUUUACCUAAACCACCCGACCCAAUUCCCAUGACAAAGAUAUGUUUUAUCAAUUCGUCCGAGCAACAACAAAACGCCCCCUCUACUACUACACCUGAAACACUGACUACAUUUACCUCCCAUGAGUCUCUUUGCAAAGUUGAACAAGACACAACAACAAAAGUUGAUUUAAUGCCAAUGUUAAUACAGGCAGCGACUCAAGCUGCCAUUCGUGAUAAACGUCAAGAGCGCAAAGAAUCGCGAAAAAGGAAAAGAGAAGCUGCAGAAAGACUGUUAGCUGAGAAUAAACAGCUAAAGUUACGUAUUUAUGAAUUAGAAAGUCAGAUUAUGGAUAUGACAAACGAGCGAAUUAUUAUUAUGAAGAACAAUGAGCAUAUGAAGAAAGAAUUGGAGAAAAAGAAUGUUGAGUAG